ACGGCACUGAGCGGCGGGCGCUGCCUCUCCUCCGGUGAGUUAAGGGCCACAGAAACUUCACAUGUGCACUGAAACCACCGAGUUACCGCUCGUGAUGGUCACUAGGAGUCAUCUCUGACGCAACAGUGUAGAGGUAACAAAUCUCCAUUCUGCGUGACCAAAGAAUCAACAAGCAUGUCUUCAGCAAACGGCCACGGUGUGAGCAAAGAGACGUGGGACUCGCACAACAAGAUGAUGCUGGAGCCGCUGGUCAUCAAUGACUCAGAGGUGUUCUCCAUCAUAAAGAAAGAGAAGCACAGGCAGACGUACGGUCUGGAGCUGAUUGCGUCAGAGAACUUCGCCAGCAGAGCUGUGCUCGAGGCUCUGGGUUCCUGCAUGAACAACAAGUACUCUGAGGGAUAUCCUGGUCAGAGGUAUUAUGGUGGGACGGAGCAUGUUGACGAGCUGGAGAGACUUUGUCAGAAGAGGGCGCUGGAGGCCUACGGUCUGGACUCAGAGAAAUGGGGGGUGAACGUGCAGCCAUACUCGGGCUCGCCCGCUAACUUUGCUGUGUACACGGCCAUUGUGGAGCCCCACGGCAGGAUCAUGGGACUAGACCUUCCCGACGGAGGUCACCUGACACAUGGCUUCAUGACGGAGAAGAAAAAAAUCUCUGCAACGUCCAUGUUCUUUGAGUCCAUGCCGUAUAAGGUGAAUCCAGACACUGGCUACAUUGACUAUGACAGACUGCAAGAAAACGCACGGCUGUUCCACCCCAAACUCAUCAUUGCAGGAGCAAGUUGCUAUUCCCGCAACCUUGACUACGCCCGUCUGAGGCAGAUUGCCAACGAGAACGGUGCAUAUCUGAUGGCAGACAUGGCUCACAUCAGUGGUUUGGUGGCUGCUGGUGUGGUGCCCUCACCUUUUGAGCACAGUGACAUUGUUACCUCGACAACGCACAAGACGCUCCGUGGCUGCCGCUCUGGAGUCAUCUUCUUCAGGAAAGGUCUGCGGAGUGUCGAUGCUAAGGGGAAGGAGACUUUGUACAACUUGGAGUCUCUGAUCAAUCAGGCUGUGUUUCCUGGGCUGCAGGGAGGACCACACAACCACGCUAUUGCGGGUGUCGCUGUAGCUCUCAAACAAGCCAUGACCCCGGAGUUCAAGGCCUACCAGAUGCAGGUUCUUGAUAACUGCAAAGCUCUGUCCAGUUCUCUUAUUGACUUCGGCUACAAGAUCGUAACUGGCGGCUCUGACAACCAUCUGAUCCUGCUGGACCUGCGCAACAAGGGAACUGAUGGAGGACGAGCUGAGAAGGUUCUGGAAGCCUGUGCCAUCGCUUGUAAUAAGAACACCUGCCCAGGGGAUAAAAGUGCUUUGCGUCCUAGUGGUUUAAGGUUCGGUUCUCCAGCUCUGACCUCCAGAGGCAUGGAGCAGGAUGACUUCAAGAAGGUGGCUGAAUUCAUUCACAGAGGUAUUGAGCUGACAUUGGAGGUGCAAAGAAGCCUGGAUCCCAAGGCCACUCUGAAGGAGUUUAUUCAGGCACUGUCUAAGGAGGAGAAGUUCCAGCAGCGGGUAGCAGACAUCAGGGCUGAGGUGGAGGCUUUCGCUGGUCAGUUCCCCAUGCCUGGCCUACCUGAGCUGUAGGGGGGCAGUAGGCCAGACCCUCGAGGGCUGCUGGACUGAUGAUUUACAACAAAGAUUAUUCUACCAACUGUGAUGGUGCGAUUUGUGUGCUUUAUUUGCUUUGCAUGUACUCCUGUGAAAUCUGUCAUUCUCCAAAUCAAGACGCUUCCUUGUGACUUCAGCGGUUAUGGAUACACACAUUAUACAAUAGCUUGGAACAGACGUCUUGAUUUUUCAGUAUUGCUGCAGUGCCUUUGCUCUCUUGAAUGACUUUUUUAAAAUUUCCACUGUAGCUCCAGUCAUUGUUACAAUUACAAUUGAGCUUUAAUCGUGUCAGAAAUCUCCAGUUCUUUUGUAAUGCAUUUAAAUGUCCAAAGAUUUUUAGCAGACAGUCCUGCACAUUUGAGAAAAAAACAUGACUACUAGUUUCAUAUAUGAUCAUGCUAUAUUAUGAGACAUUUACAAUAAAAUUUGAUGAAAAGUAGAAA